AUGCGACUUUCUCCUGGAAGGACAGAUCUAUGGUCCUAUAUGUUAGUGCUGCUGUGUACAUCAUUUUACACUGUUGCAGCAGACUGUGAUUUGCCAUCAGCCUACAGUUGGACAUCGACAGAUGCUUUAGCAGAGCCUAAGUCGGGCUGGGUCUCGCUGAAGGACUUCACCAACGUAGUCCUGAAUGACCAGCAUCUCGUAUAUUCCUCAUUUGCUGAUGAAUCGGGCAAUUAUGGCUCUACAGACUUUGGUCUUUUCUCCGAGUGGUCAGAUAUGAAAUCGGCAAGCCAGAACGAUAUGAGCUUCUCGGCUGUGGCGCCCACGCUGUUCUAUUUCGAGCCAAAAAGUAUUUGGGUUCUCGCUUAUCAGUGGGGUGCGACUGCGUUCUCUUACAGAACUUCAACAGAUCCUUCAAGCGGAACUGGAUGGUCAUCCGAGCAAGAACUCUUCUCUGGUACAAUUUCAGACUCCAGCACUGGACCAAUCGACCAAACCCUUAUUGGCGAUUCCCAGAGUAUGUACCUCUUCUUCGCCGGGGACAACGGCAAGAUCUACAGGUCCAGUAUGGCGAUCGACAAUUUCCCAGGAUCUUUUGGCACAUCGUCGGAGAUUAUUCUGAGCGGAACCACCAAUGAGCUGUUCGAAGCCGUACAGGUCUAUACCGUAUCGGGACAGAACAAGUAUCUCAUGCUUGUCGAGGCGAUUGGAUCCAACGGCCGAUAUUUCCGCUCCUUCACAGCUGACAGUCUCGGUGGGUCAUGGACAGUGCAAGCAGGAACCGAGAGCCAGCCUUUUGCUGGAAAAGCGAAUAGUGGAGCUACGUGGACAGACGAUAUCAGUCAUGGGGAUCUUGUUCGUAACAAUCCAGAUCAAACGAUGACCAUCGACCCUUGCAAUCUGGAAUUUCUUUACCAGGGACGGGACCCGAAUGGUAGUGCCGAUUACAAUGCUUUGCCAUACCGACCGGGCGUUCUGACUCUGAAUCAAUGA